AUGUUCGGAUUCGGUGAGGCCAAGGAGAGCCGUGACCAGAUCUACGAUGGUCAACCCCACGAAUCACACCUCAGCCACGAGCUCGUUGCCGGGGGUGCCGCAUUCGAGGCCAUGAAGCUUUUUGAAGAUCGCCAACGCAACAACGGCGAACCCGUAAAGCACCAAUUCGCCAAGGAGAUGUUGGCUGGCAUUGCUGGUGCCGAGGUCGACAAGCUGUUCGAGACCAAGGGUCUUGACACCUUGGACCGAGAACGGGCAAAGCACGAGGCCAAGAAGCAGGCCGAGCACCUCUACGAGCAGCAGUACGGUCAAUAUGACCAAUACGACCCCAACUCGCAGUCUCGCCAUGAGUCCAUGGACUAUUAG